AUGAAUCGGCGAUUUUGGCUUCAUGCUGUUUUCUUGCUUGUACUCAUCCUUCCUGCUGUUCAUAAUACUCUUUCAAAAUCAGACCGGAAGAAGAAGCCCCAGAAAAAAUCAAAUAAUUGGGAUGAAAUAAAAAAGGAAAAUGAUAAUUUGGAAAAAGAAUUUCAGGUCGAUAAUAAUGGUGAGCAGUUAAGUGUUGCAAGCAUACUUCGUGAUCACGAUAAGCUUUGUACGGAAAAAAAGAAAUUUAGUCAUCCAGUAUUAGCUUAUGUUACUCCGUGGAAUAAUGGUGGAUAUAAUAUUGCAAAGUUUGCAGCUCAAAAAUUUACUCACAUUGCUCCUGUGUGGUUUCAUUUCAAACCUGAAAUGAAGCAAAGAAAAACCUGCAUUUUAUUCGGAAUGCAUGAUUUAGACACAAAAUGGUUGGCCGAUGUUCGAGCAAAUAAUUCAAAAAUUAAAUUCGUACCGCGUUUUAUCAUUGAUAGUACAGUAACUAAAAAUGCUCAACAAUUUCUAUAUGAUGAAAGGUGGCAGACAAAUUGUGCUCAAAUAGUUAUCAAUUUUUUAAAGAAAAAUAAAAUGCACGGAGCGGUGGUAGAAGUUUGGCUUCAGAUGUUGUCUUUAAUUCACAAAGAUACGAAAGAGGAACUGGUUGAAUUAAUCGUUCAUUGGGCUGAGUUGUUCCAUAAAUUUGAUCUUGAAAUCAUUGUACCUUUUCCGGCUCCUCUUCACGAUAUGAAAAAACCAACUGGUUUAGUAACGAAGAAUGAACUGGCGAAAGUGAUGGAAAGUGUCGAUUUUGUAAAUGUGAUGACAUAUGACUAUCAUACCAAUCAUUUUGCUGGAAUAGCGCCAUUUGAAUGGGUUCAUAAAAAUUUGGAAUACAUUCUAUCAGAUCCACUCAUUAAUCCAUCAAAAAUCUUCUUGGGGCUCAAUUUUUACGGAUAUGCAUUAGAAGGAACGACUUUGAAAACUGUUGUUGGCAGAGAGUUUCUGGAAUAUAUGACUGCAAAAUCUGGAACAUUGAUGUGGAAUUCUAAAACAAAGGAGCACUUCCUCAGAUUUCAAUCAUCUGGAAACGAUGGCUUUUGCACGUAUCCGACAGUGGCAUCUGUAGAAGUUAGGCUCAGACUUGCUGAUUAUUUAAAUGUUGGUGUGGGUAUAUGGGAGCUUGGACAAGGCCUUAAUUACUUCACAUGUUUGUUGUAA